AUGAUGGCAAAUGGUGACUACACCUACAUCAACGACCUCGAUGAUGGGGGUCCGAUGGGCACCACGUUGCGGCUUCAUGAACAGAGCAGCUCCCUUUUUGUGGGCAUCACCCACGACAGUGCCGGCGAGUCGCAGUCGCAGUACGACUACCUGGAUGGGUCUCUGGCGGGGAGCAACAGCGGUGGAGGUGAUGGGAUAGUGGCGGCGCUGGCGCUUGAGGACUUCGUUGGAGUCGAUGGCAGCAAUUUGACAAGCGUACUGUCGGAGAGCAACUCUGUCUUUGACAUCGAUGCCGAGGAGAACAACACACAGACCCAGACGCCGAGUGUGGCAAGCCGGUCUGUGAGCGGUGCCGACUUCAACACGUUGCCCAUGGCACCCACGGCUAAGCAGCCUAUUGAGAAGCCACCUGGAGCAUCGGCGUCGGCACCCCACCCUGCAGUGCCGAACUCGGCUGUCUUAGCGCGUCACCUCAACCUCAGAAUCAACACAGUGAUAGACCUGAAGCGUCCCUCAACGCUGUAUAGGUAUUAUGAGAUCUUUGGCGGGGCCUCGAGCCCGGCGGGGGGGCACAACCACAAAGCCAACUUCAGUAUUGGUGCCAGCGGCAGCGAUGCUCACCACCGGAGCGCGAAGGACACGAGCACCCACCGCGUCACGAACGCGACCGUGACGGCUGCUGGCAAAGGGGUCAUGGCGACUGACCAUACAUCAAAGCUUUCCGCACUGCUUCCCGAAACAGCCGCUGUCAGUGUGCCAACACGUCCUGCAGUGCCACCCGCGCCGUCCCCGUUGCACCCCCUGCCAUCGGUGGCGCAGCCGCACAACGGCAGUGAAGUGUUCAGCUUUGGCAUUGACACCUUCUUACAUGGCAACCAGCUCGGGUUCGGUCGUCAGCCCUCCUUCAAGCGUCUCACACCUGUCACGCAGGGCGAGUCGAGGAGGCCCUACUUUCUUUUGCGCUGUAAGGACGGCGACACGAGCCCCACCACUACGGCUGGCGCUGCUGCUGCUGCUGUGAGGAACGGGCAUCCUGCGGCGAGCGCGUCCAGCACGAGAGUGCGCGCCGCCUCUGUGGCGGAUCGAAGUGCCGAGGCGUUCAGUACGUGGCUCGAGGCGCUGGAGUCGAAGGCCACGGGGCUGUCGACAUCGGCGCGUAGCGGCCCCGGCGCAACGCACGUGGGCUCCACAAUUGGGGAGAACUUCAAGCGGGAGGUGGACGUCCUCAUGAAGAGUUUGUUUGGUGACUAUGAUGUGUUUCCCAGUGCCACAACUAUGGCAAUGUUGAACAACCCGUCUGCCUCAGGUGUCACCCCCUCGCUGGUGGGAGGUAGCGCUCCUCCAAACAGGCGGCGGGGCAGCAGUCAAUCGGGUCCCGGCGACUCCCAACCGGCCGACCUAGACGCGUUUCUGGGCGAUGUGCACACCCUUACCCCUUCUCUGCGACCAACUACCGUGAUGGCAGAUCAGGCGAAACGGCGACCUAGUCAAUCCAGUGUCGUUAGUUUUGGCACCUCACACGUAGGCUCAUCGAAGCUGAAGACAAUAGUGCCAAUGACGGCGACUGACGGCAGCUCGUUCGGCGGUGGCGGAGAGAAGAAUUUCAUCACUGUUGCCUACACAAGCACCAGCGCUACCGCUUUGGCAUCACCGCAGCCACCGAUCCAGGGCAAUGCGACGAAAUGCCGUCGGCGUGUCUGGAACACUUCCCUCCGGCCCAACAAAAGCCCAUCGGCGAUGGCGGCUAUGAACGGCGACGUUGUGCCCGAUCCCACUGCUACUGCGGUUACCGAAGCUCUAUGGACAAUGACUUCUACAAACGCCACCACGAAACCCGUCAAUGGACGGGUAGCGCAGUGUUCCUCUGUGAUAGCCGCGUCACAGUCGGUGGAAGCUAUGACUCGCGUGCCGCCACGCGCCUUGACAGGGGAAACUCGUGACUCAGUCGUGGGGGGCGCGAAGUUGGCGACUGUGAAGGCCACCACCGCCUCCGCGAAGACUGGCGGCAUAGGUGUCGAUGUUGCUCGGGUGUGUGACUCGGCAUCCUCUAAUACAGCGACGCCGUACCCUUACAUAGAUGAAGACCUCCUGGCGGGCGGCUACAUAACAGGGCCACCGCAACUGGUCCGCUCUCCAGUAAAGGGUAGCCUCGGCGUGCUGCUCACUGCCCGCGUCGCAUCGAAGUCCCCUUCCACUAAUAACACGAACAGCGGGAGGCGCAGUGGCAGCUACACGCACGGCGUAGUAGCCCCGGCUGCGCGUGGUUGCUGCUCCUCGCAGAUGGGUGGGCAUAUUAGCGCGUCGCAGCAGCAACCAUCGUUACCCCGACCGAAGCUGCACCCCUUGUUGCACAGCCAUCCACGCGGAGCUGUCGAUGGCAAGGUUAUCACCGUCUCCGAUGGUACGAGCACGACAGCAUCGGGGGCACCACAGCAAGCUCUGGCUACCGACGGUUGUGGCGGCUCACGGGAGACGCCGACGUCAACUUGGAACUACCCGUACGGCCGCGCCGCGACUUCCUCGCCUCCGGAGCCGACUACUGCGGGAUCUGGCAAAACGCAGCUGGACUGCCGCAGUCAUGGCGACAGCACCCUGGGCGACGCGGGUGAGGCAUUCCUCAGUAUCGAGGAGGAGGUCAGCAAAGACGACUUAACGGACAAUGGGGGAAUGCACUUGAAGGUGCCACUACCACCCACCUCCCUCAGUAACGACAUCAGCGCACAGCGGGGCAUGGCGGCCACCAACAGUACCGCCAGCGCAGACGCUACUGGCAGUCACUCUGGCUGCGUCCCCAAGAGCGGUGGGUCCGCUGCCCAGACGGGCUGCACGCGGCUCUCGUCGCUGCGGCCUGUCGUGGACCUAGUAACGAUGGAGCCUAUAGCACUGACGAAGGGUCUACCAAUCCCGUCAGGGCCAUCAUCCGUAAGCCGGCGAGGGUCUGCCAGCCGAACGGAGAGGGAGGUGGCAACAAGUGGGGAGCACGGCGCGGCAGCGGCCACGCCGCGGCGCCGCCUUAUGGAGUUCCGCAACGGCGACUACACGUUGCCUGCCUUCUCGCCCACGUCCUGCAUCUCUGCCACAGUCACCGAGGAUUCGCACUCAGAGGCAGUGAGGCAACGGGACCGCGACUGGCAGGUGCAGCAGGCCAACGAGGAGCGGCGGCAGCGCAUUCAGGCCUUCAUGUCAAGGCGGAAGGCCGAAAAGCAGCUGGAGGAGCAGCGGCAAGGCCAGAUCUCUAAGCAGGAGGGGCAGCUGCAGAUAUACCGUGAGAUGCAGGGGCAACAAAGUAUCCUGGGGGCCACCCCGCACCUGGAGACGUCCGGAACGGUCGGGAGUGGGGUGAACGUCAUCAAUGUGCCGAAACACAUGCGCAAGUCGUCACCGCGGCUCGACCGACCGGUGCGGCAGGAGAUUCCGGCGGCCAGCUUCAGUCCCGAUGCAGCAAUGACCUCAACAGUCAGCAGCCCACACAUAGAAGUGGCCGCAGCUGCCUCUGCAGACGCCCUCCCUGCCGUUCGACGGGGCAAGGGCAAAUGUGUGGCAGCCAACACCAACGUGCGCGCCGUGGUCGUGUUCACGAGCAGCGCCGGCGCUGAGAACAACAAUGAGCCUAUGACACUCAAGGACGACAACGACGGACGACGGUGUCGGAGCGGCAGGAUCUCUUUGAGCACGGCCGCGCCAGGGCUGCUCAAUGAGGGCACAGUAGUGGUGGUAAAACUGAGCGAGAGCUGCAACGCGCUCAAAGUGCAGCAGCCACAAGAGUGCACGCGCUUCUUCUCUGUGGACGAGUUUUUGCGAAUUAACGACGCUGUGGUGCCAAAGCACGUCGAGAGGCCCUUUAAUCGGAGGGGCAGCGGGGUCGUGACUGGCGUGCUGUCGAACGGCGCAUUGCCGCGGCGACGUUUGUCAUCGUUGACUCUGACGGAGAUGAACCGCAAGUUUCUGGCUGGCGUGAACGUGGCGUUACUGCUUGCGAGCACCGAAAAGGCCCACCACGCCUCACUGACGGCUAUUCGGGAAGUGGUGGAGGGCGUGCUGUCGCACAUGCCUCCCCAGGGGGAACUCUUUGCCUCCAUCGCCUUCGUUGUUGGCGGCAACACACAGGACAUGUUGAGCGACUCCAUGCGCGCCGUACGCUCGACCUUCUCAACAUCGCCGCUUUUUGGAGCUACGCUGGACGGUGUCACCUACGUGGCAGUAACGGGACUGGGACACCUUUCAACGAUGGUGACCGAUGCGUACAAGCGGUGCGACUUGGCAGAGCAGCAGCAACAGCCCAAUGCCGGUCUCCUCGUGAUGUCGCUGCUUCUGAAGCAACCGCGCGGCAGCGACGUUGUGCUGUCCUCCUACUUGAUCACGGACGCUGGGUGCGACGGCAGCACUUACGUGGCAGUCUUGCGCAAGGCGCAGCACACCCCAUUUGCGCUCUUCCACUCCGCACUGGGCGGGCCGACGCUGACGACAGCGCUGGUGUCGGUAGACGUCGACGACACGGCGACAGUCAUGCCACUGCUGAACAUGCAGCACCGACUGACUCGUGUUACUAACAAGCCCUGCCACGUGGGAAGUGUUCGACGCUUCUUGGAGUUGGCCCAGCAGGAGUUGCAGAACCGUGCCGACGAUGGGAAGCCCGGUAGGAGACGUAACUCCAGUACCACCACUACGAAGGUGGCGCCAGAGCGGCGGCGGAGCAGCGUCAGCGCCUCGAGCAACAACAGUGCAAGCGACAGCAUCAGUCAUCCACCGUCUAGUGGGCAUCGGGGAUACAAGCAGCAGUCUGGGACCCGGGCGCAGCUGCACAAACGUCUUCUCGAGGAGGUGGCAACGGCGCAGAGCAUCCUCAACGAUCCAGCCAACUAUCGCCCGAAGGCGCUGAGGGAGGCGUCGCACUGCCGGCACACCAGCGCGCUCACGUCGAUGGCGCACGCGUCAGCAUCUUCGGGGGUGACACUGUUAGUGGAGACGACCCUGCGUGAGCAGCGGCGCAGCGUAGGCGACGGCGCGAUACCGAAUCUGGAGGUAGCGACUCUGCGCAAGCGCUUGUCAACGCUCAAAGCGGCUGAUUGUUCGGCCCCAGCUACCGCUGACACGGUAAUGCUACCGUUUCAUGGCACUGGUGCCGCUCGGGCGCACAGGCACUCUCCGUCACCGGCCGCCGUGGCAGUGUCGUCGCCACAGCUCAAGCAGCUGCUAGCCACGCGCUGCCCAAGCGAUGCGCCGAACGUCGAGUCGAACGCGAACGCCACGGCAACGCCGUUACGAUCACCACCAACCACGUGUGUCAACCAUCAGAUUGUGGGGUUCCGUCCCCUCCAACAGAGCUUGUCACCACUGGCAGGGCGCAACAGCGUGAGCAUGUCAAUGAGUGCUGGGUACGUGCGUCGCGGGAACGACGGCGGGGUUGCACCACACAUGACAGGGUUUAUGAACUUCGAGGAUCUGGGUGACAGCACCUCUGCGUCUGUAGGCAGUAGGCCCGGCGCGGGCACACUGCUGAAGAAGGGCGAGCGAGAGGAGUCGCAACAUCUGCCUCUGCGCCCGGCAGCCGCGAUGGCAACCAAGUCACUUCCAGAACAGCGCAACGCGGGCGACAGCGAGUCGAGUCGACGUGGCCAACUUGUGUCAGGUGACGUUGCCAGCGGAUCGACACAACGGCCGCUGUUUGUGCCACCGGGCAUGGCGAACAGAGGUGUGUAUGCAGGUCACAAAGUGCUGCGCGCGCCCCCUACACGGGUCGGGUCGAAUGCGCCACAUUCUCCCAGCAUAGUCGCCAUGGGCCCCAGCGACAUCCCGAUCGUUCCGAGCGUCGCCGCUAUCGACUCCUCGCUUGCGCACGAUGUCUCCGUCUCGGUGCGGCAGAGCUCGACGGCGCCCGGCGGCGAAAAGGAGUCGAUCCCGACAUCGACAAAGGUGCGCACGCUCGUUAUCGUUGACCCACGCUGCCGCGAUACGUCGAACGUGACGUACGACAACACCAUGGUGAUUGCCACCACCGAGGACGACUUCGAGGAGUACGACGUGGACGAGGUGCGCGAGGUGGCGUCGUCGCAGGAAGAGCCGAUCCAGGCAGAGCUGCUGACGGAGCUGUGCGAAACAGUGCUUCUCGGGGGUAACGCCGCCAUCCUUGGCGCUGACAGUCGGCCGACCGCUGUCUGUGCCAAAGUGCUCAAGUCCGUCGUACAGACGAUCUUUGCAGACAUGAAUCACGAGGGGACGCAUCGCAGCGGACACCUGAGCACCUCUAUUGUGAAGGUGAAGGGAGAGUCUGUAGUUGACCUACUCAAGGACUCCGGUGAGGCACAAAAGCUCGUCAUUGCAAUAUCGCCUCUGUUCGGUUCCUGCAUCCACGGUGUCAUCUACUCUAGUAUCACGAACUCGGCUGCUUUCAACACCACGAUUGACGCUGCGUUGCACCGCGCUGCCUCCGAAGACAACGGACGCGACUACGGUUUUCUUUUCUGUUCACUCAUCUUCAAGCUGCAGCUAGAGGAGGAGGGAGACGUGCUCGUGUGCUCGCUAGUGGCGACCUUUGCCGGCGAGCAUGUCGGACUCUAUACGUCCGUCCUGGAUCGCAGUCCUCUCGUACCACGUGCCCUGUUCCACUACGCCCUCGGCGGCCCAAGCUACACUAUUGCUCUACUCGGUAUCGGCAGCGAGGAGUCUCGCGCCAACCAGAUGCUGCAGGUACAGCAGCGGUUGGGUGAGGUGAGCAACCGCGCGACACACCCUGGCAGUGUGGCGAAGUUUGUGGCCGGCAUUCGGAACGAUUUGACGCCGAACCUGAUCGCCAAGUACGAGAGCUCGCGUGACCAGGAUGAGCGAGCGGCGACAAAGGAGAUGAUUGGGCGACUGGCAGAGAUGGUGAAGGAUGCAGACGCGCUUCUGCACGACUUCGACCACCACCAGCCCAAGGCUUACCUACAUGAGGACCAGGAACGGGAUACGGCGCCACCUGUCAAAGGAUUCGAUUCAGGUUCACCCGCCAUGGCAGCGCCACGCAGCAGCAAUACGAACAGCACCAACGUCUCCAACUUGACGAAUUGUGCUUCUGCCGCCAUUGCUGUGACAGCUACGCCGCCGGCGGCAACCAGCCGCCCAGCCGCGCCGCGCGCGCUUCCGUGCAUCAUGGCAGCUAACCCGGAGGACGAGGGCGUCUACAUCCAGUCGCUCGUAUGUUGCGAGCAGGUGUUGAUGGGUGCCGGCUCGGUCGCUGUGCAGGGCAACUCGAUCCUAUGCACGAGCCAGGGCGGAAUGCGCUAUGACAGCGACGAGGUGAUCGUACGUGAUGAGGCGCAUCGAUCCUUGUCGUCCAAGCUCAUGAAUCAGCUGGUGGCCAAAUUCCUUGCCGGCUAUCAUACGGGCCUGCUCACCGCUGACAGCAGCUAUAGCGCAUUCACGCCGCUGAUGCUACGCUGCAUCGUCAACAGCAUCCUUGACACGAUGCUCGGACGCGAGGCAGAGCCACGUGAGGGCUUGGCCUCCUCCAGCUCCUUCAAGCCACUCACAGUGAUGGGCGAGCUGCGCGUGUCCAUUGCGCUCAUCAAGGAUGAAGUGACAGCUGACUUGUUGCCCACCGAUGUGGAUGCAACGUACCACCGCUUCGAGAUGGAGCACACGCCCCUCUACGGCCCCCGUAUCGUCGGUGUAACGUCGCACCUCGUCUCCACACCGCAGGAUUUCGACCACUUCCUGGCGGUGGCCAUCGACAAUGCCGAUCCGGCGUUGCAGUCGGCAGAUCCGGGCAUCAUGGUGGUCUCGCUGACUCUAACGCAGCGCGUCUCGAAGCCGACCAAUGAUGUGCUGGUGUCGUCGCUUCUGUGCACGGCCGUCUUUGACGCUGUCCAUCACUACGAGCGUGUGCUGGAGAGCGAUACGGACGAACCGCUGGAGUUGUUUCACAACAUUCUGCGCGGGCCGUGUUUCACCGUCGCGCUGCUUGGAAUUAGCGACGAGGAAGAGAACCCAGGCAAGCUUCUGCGCGCGCUUCAUGGCAUUACCCAAGCGCGCAACCGCCCUCCAGAGGUGAACAGCGUGUUGCGGCACAUCCAAGAGCUGCAGCGUGGCGUUGUGAAGCUGAAUGAACGCAUGGCCACUUCAUCCAACGAGGAGGAGAAAGAGUAUAUUCUGAGCCAUAUCAAGGUCGCCGAGCAUCUGCUGGCCGACGCGGAGGCACUGCAGCGCAGCACCCUUUCCUCCAUUCAGCCACGCACCUUUGUCCCACUUGGCGGCGCACCUGACCUGCGAGCCUAG